ACGCUGCUUCCCAGACUCGGUUCCAGGAGUGAAGCGCGGACCUUUCAACAAGAGCUUUAUUGAUUCUCUCGCGCUGGGAUCCUGGAAGGCGAUGGAGGCGGCCAAUUGCUCGCUGCGCGUGAAGAGACCUCUGCUGGACCCCCGCUUCGAGGGUUACAAGCUGUCUCUAGAGCCGCUGCCCUGUUACCAGCUGGAGCUCGACGCAGCUGUUGCAGAAGUGAAACUUCGAGAUGAUCAGUAUACGCUGGAACAUAUGCAUGCCUUUGGGAUGUAUAAUUACCUACACUGUGAUCCAUGGUGUCAGGACAGUGUCUACUUCAUUGACAGCCUUGGAAGAAUCAUGAACUUAUCGGUGAUGCUGGACACUGCUUUAGGAAAACCACGGGAGGUGUUUCGACUUCCUACAGAUAUGACAGCAUAUGACAAUCGCCUUUGUGCGUCUAUCCAUUUCACAUCCCCUACCUGGGUUACCUUGUCAGAUGGAACUGGAAGAUUGUAUGUCAUUGGAACAGGUGACCGUGGAAAAAGUGCUUCUGAAAAAUGGGAGAUUAUGUUUAAUGAAGAACUUGGGAAUCCUUUCAUUCUAAUUCACAGUGUCUCGAUGCUGAAAGCUGAAGGACAUUCAGUAGCUGCCUUGCUUCUGCGAGUAGAGAAAGAGGACCUGGAUAUGAAAGGAAGUGGUUUCUAUGUGUCCUUGGAGUGGGUCACCAUCAGUAACAGUGAAGAUAAUAAGAGGUAUGAAAUUACUAAGCGUCACAUAUUGCAUGGAAAGUCAGUGCCUCAUUAUGCUGCUGUUGAGCCUGAUGGAAGCGGUCUAAUGGUGAUCUCCUACAAGUCCUUCAGAUUUGUCCAGGAGAAUCUUGAAGAAAAUAUGGAAGAAGAUGCCUCAGAGAAACGCAAAGAGCCACUAUAUUACUGGCAACAAACUGAAGAUGAUUUGACAGUAACAGUACGGCUUCCAGAGAAUAGUACUACGGAGGACAUUCAGAUACAGUUUUUGCCUAAUAGCAUCUGCAUUAUGCUGAAGGCUAUCCGGAUUUUGGAAGGAAAGCUGUAUUCAUCUAUUGAUCAUGAAAGCAGUGCUUGGGUUAUUAAAGAGAAUAAUAGUUUAGAGAUUUCCUUGAUUAAGAAGAGUGAAGGACUGAUGUGGCCAGAGCUUGUGGUUGGUGAUAAUAAAGGGGAACUUAUAAGAGAUGCAGCAGAAUGUGCUGCAAUCGCUGAACGUCUGAUGCACUUGACCUCUGAAGAACUGAACCCAAAUCCAGAAAAGGAAAAACCUCCUUGUAAUGCUCAAGAAUUAGAAGAAUGUGAUAUUUUCUUUGAAGAGAGCUCCAGUCUAUGCAGAUUUGAUGGCAAUACAUUAAAAACUACUCAUGUGGUGAAUCUUGGCAGCAACCAGUACCUUUUCUCUGUCAUCGUGAAUCCUAAAGACAUGCCCUGCUUCUGUCUGCGGCACGAUGUUGACGCUCUGCUGUGGCAGCCACACUCCAGCCAGCGCGAGGACAUGUGGGAGCACAUCGCGACCUUCAACGCUCUAGGUUAUGUCCAAGCAUCCAAGAGAGAUAAGAAGUUCUUUGCCUGUGCUCCAAAUUCCUCAUACGCUGCCCUUUGCGAGUGCCUCCGCCGGGUGUUCAUAUACAGGCAACCUGCUCCCACGGCCACCGUGCUUUACAACAGAAAGGAAGGCAGGCAUGUGGGGCAGGUUGCUAAGCAGCAGGUAGCAAGCCUAGAAACCAAUGAUCCUAUUUUAGGCUUUCAGGCCACUAACGAGAGAUUAUUUGUCCUCACUACCAAAAACCUCUUUUUAAUAAAAGUCAAUACAGAGAAUUAAUUUCUCCAGCAUUUGGCCUGUCUAUACUAGAAAAAAAUCUAGCAGUACCUGGAAGGCUAAGCAGUUACACUAUAACCUGAUGAGUCUUAUGUGUUAAAUAAAAAUAUCUUCUAUAAAUUCUUAUUUUUAAAGGAUAUUAGAAAUGUAGUCAAGAAAUUAUAAAUAUAUAAAAGUUUCAGAAUGAAUGAAGCUGCAGAUUUAGAAAACAUUGGCUUCUGUAAAAAAUAAUAAAGAUAUUGUCGACAAGUAUCUUUAUUUUUUAAAACACAGACUAGAAUUUCAUCUUUUAUAUGAAACAUGUACAGUUCAGUGCGUAAGAAUAAAAUAUUUAUCAUGUAUUUUGUUCAUUGUUUAGGUUUGUACAGUCUAUUCCUAUAGAAUGUUCAGUGUUAUAAAUACUUACAUGGACUGACCAGCUGAGGCCACAUUAGGAGCAGUUACAGAGUAUAGCACUUCCAAAAGACUUAAGGUUUCUGAGAAACUUUAAUUGCUUUUUAUAUUAAGCAUAGAAUUAUUUAAUUUUAAUAUGUUUGCUCCACUAAAUAAAUAAAUAAGUGUCUACAUUUUCCAUUGUUGCAUACCAAAUGACUCUAAAACAUAGUAGUUUGAACCAGGGUUCAUACUAGCACUUGGAAGGCCAAGGCUGGAUGAUCACAAGUUCAGAGCCACACUGGGGCAUAUAGCCAGGCCAUGUCUCAAAACAAAAGCAAGGAUUAUGAUUUAAAAAAUUUUUAUUUUGUAUUAUUAUUAUUUAAGAGAAAGAAUGGGCGCAUCGGGGCCUUUCAGCCGCCGUGAACCAACUCCAAACGUGUGUGUCCCCUUGUGCAUAUUUGCGACAUUGCAUGUUUGUGUCACUUUGAGUCUGGAUUAUGAUUUUUUGAUGGUUCUGUUAGUUUGUUCUUUGAGCUCUAUGUGAUAUCUGAACUUCUGGAAGGCUAAACUCAGUGUCUUGCCCUAAUGGACAAAGCAUUCUAAGGAGUGAGCUCCUGUCAGGCAGUGUUUACCAGCCACGUAUCCCCCAUCUUUGCUAACAUUCCACUGGAUAGAUAAAGCCAGUCGCACGGCCAUGUCUGGACAGACAGCAGGAGCUGGGAUUCAUUUGGGGCCAUUCAUGUAACAACUUAUCACAGAAGUACAAAUUACAAUAAUUUUGUUUUGUUAAAUAAGUUCUUGUUACUUUUCUGACAGUUUAAGCAAAAUAACCUUACCUACAUAUACAUUAGUUUCAUUUACCAAGAAUUGUAGUUUUUAUGCAUAUAUUAUUUCUCUAGUUUCAUUAAUUUGUUUUUAAUCUAGACUUUUUUUGCUUAGUUUUAUUUUUUAUAUAAUUUUUAGGUAUGUAUCAUUCAUAUAAGACUCAUUAGAUUUCUUUUUCCUUGUUGGUUUUUCAAGGUUGGGUCUCACUGUAGCCCAGGCUGAUCUGUAAUUCACUCUGUAGUCUCAGUGUGGCCUUGAAUUUAGGACGAUCCUCCUACCUCUGCCUCCUGAGUGCUAGUAUUAAAGGUGUGUACCACCAUGCCUGACUUACAUUUCACAUUUUAAUACGAUGGUUAAGACAAAUUUAAGAUGCAGAAAAUGAAUAUAAAAAGUUAUGGAUAGAAAAAAAUUUUUUUUCCAGGUAGGGUCUCACUCUAGCCCAGGCAAACUGGGAAUUCACUAUGGAGUCUCAGGGUGGCCUCGAACUCACAGCGAUCCUCCUACCUCUGCCUCCCGAGUGCUGGUAUUAAAGGUGUGUGCCACCACGUCCGGCAUGUUUGUUCUUAAUAUAUUGUCUAUCUGGGCAAGUAUUAGACUCAAUUGAAUUUUAAGCAGUAUUUGAUUAAGUUCAGUGGGAUCUGGUGAAAUUUAAUUUUGACUGAGUUUUUAGUGUGUAUGAAUGUGAGUUCUUGAAUUAUGUCUCCAGCACUGAGGGAGUAGGUGGGCUGUGAGGGAGCGAAAGAAAGCUAGACAAGCUGAGGGAGGGAAAGAAAUCAUGCAGGCCACUAUGCUGGUUUAAGAGACAGAAGAGGAUUUAGAAGAGACAGGAAAUGCAUAUAUAAACACCAACGCUCCUAUGUAUCUAGUGGUAGAGCUGUUAUUAGUGCUAGGUGUCUCCUCGGGUAUUAGGUUAGAGGUCAGUGGGUGUGGACUCUUCCUCAUAGUCAGCAGCUUGAAGAACUUGGGAAAUGAAGCAUCAGGAGCCUGGCCCUGGGUGGAAAGAGGACAUUCUGAACUGCCCAAGAUUGUCAGGUGGCUAUUUAGCUGAGGCUUUCUGGUAAAGAGCAAAAACAUACCAUUGAAGACUUGAUCCAAAUGGGCCUAUCAAUCAGAAAGGAACACAUCCCCUUCCACCCCCAGGAAAGGCAUCUGUACUAAAGACUCAAAGAAAUGGUAUAAAUAAAACCUGCCUAAAAAUGUCACUUGGCACAGUGUUUUCUUUGGCCAUUGUCCACUUUUCUACUUAUGGUAGAGUUGUCCUCCCAUUAUCCCUUUGGCUGUGCUCACUCAUGAGAGUGCCCCACUUUACUUUGUAAUAAAUUCUGCCUGGGUACUACA